UAUUUCUUUACCAUUAGAAAAAAGCUAUAUCAAAAUCCUGAAUAUGGUUAAGAUUGCUGUCUUGUAUUCAGUCUCCUCAUCAUAAUCCCACCUUUUACUUUGUCUGUUUCACAACUGAAACCCCUACUAGUGGUCCAAUUCUUCUUGCUUCUUGCUUCUUGCUUCUUCCUUUCUCCGCUUACAUCUUCCUCUCUUUCUCUUUCUUGCUUUCGCUGAUUUCGAAUCGCUUUCUGCUUCAUUUCAUGCCGCUUGCUUAUAACCCAGUUACAAAUGUUCACUAAUGACUUUCCUCUUCAAUUGAUGCAUCAACUUUGAAGGAAUUUUUUAGUUUGAACCAUGACAAGCAAUCUAUCUCUUUCUCCUGGAGUUCAUAAAGAAGAAGAAAAGGUUCUCUCAGAGUUAACUUUUGUUCAGAUUGGGAAUUAUGAAAAGCAGUUAUGGGCAUUCAUGCAUUCUAAAGGACUUUUGCACUCUGAUACUCAAGACUUGUACCGCAAGGUUCGGUCUGGUUAUGAGAUAAAAAUCUUGAGUGAUCUCAUGCUUUCAGAACUUCAGGAUGUUGAAUAUUCUUUAUGGAAGCUGCACUAUAAGCAUAUCGAUGAGUUUCGAAAACUAAUAAAGAAAAGCUCUGGUAGCGUGGAAAGCAAAGUAUCAGGAAGGCCUCAAAAUCAUGUUGUGCAUAGAGACAAUGACAGCCAUUUAAAGCUAUUUAAGAUAUUUCUGACAGAAGCUAUUGAAUUUUACCAAACUCUGACUGUCAAAAUUAGAAAAAAUUUUGGAGUCCCCGUGGAGUCUUUGUUUUAUAAAAAGGGUUGGAAUUAUGCUUCUGUCGAACCAGAUGUCAUGCAGAAAUGCCAGUAUUUGUGUCAUCGCUGCCUAGUUUGUAUGGGGGAUCUCUCCAGGUAUAAGCAACAAUGUGAAAACUCAGAUAUUCAACAUCAUAAUUGGUCGGUUGCUGCCACACAUUAUUUGGAAGCGACAAGGAUUUGGCCAGACAGUGGUAACCCACAAAAUCAGUUGGCUGUACUGGCAACAUAUAUUGGUGAUGAAUUUCUUGCUCUCUACCACUGUAUAAGAAGUUUAGCAGUUAAACAACCUUUUCCCGAUGCCUGGAACAACCUUAUCUUGUUGUUUGAAAAGAACAGAUCAUCUCCUCUGGAGUUUGUUUCCAGCGAAGUCUCUGUAGAUUUCAUGAAACCUUUUUGCAGAAUUGGUGAAGAGAGUAAGGUGCAAGGCAAAGACGAUAGCUCAAACUGCAACAAGUCUGAAGGCAAAAAUAAUCAUUUUACAAAAUUAUGGUCACUUAUCGUUAGAACAAUGAGUUUCUUCUUCAUAUCGUCAAGUUUGGAGGAAUUCUCUAUUGCAUUGGCAUCCACAAUUGGAGGAUUGGAUCAAAUGAUGGAGCUAGAAGACAGGGAACUAAAGACCACGUUGGAAUCCUAUAGUCAAAUGGACUUAGCCAGAAGAGGUCCUUUCCGAGCCAUACAAGCAGUUUCUAUUAUCAUAUUCUCCCUCACAAAUCUACUUGGAAAAAAUGAAUCUGAAGACACAAAUGAAAGGCAGUUGAUGCAACGGGCAUUAGCUGCUGCAUUUAGCUUGAUGGGACGUUUCACUGAAAGAUGCCUAAAGGCGAGUUCUUUGAAUCAUUGCCCCCUGUUGCCUUCAGUGCUUGUCUUUGUGGAGUGGUGUUCAAGCAUACAUGACAUAAGUGCAACCGAUCAAAAUAGUACAAGAGCUAUUUCCUAUUUUUUUUAUGUGUUUAUUGAACUUCUGAAUCAACUAAAGGAUGAUAGAAAGGAAACCAAAAAGCAUCUUGAUAGAUUUCCUCUGUGGGAGGAUUAUGAGCUGAGGGGCUUUAUACCUAUAGCUCGUUCACAUGUCUCAUUGGAUUUCUGUGGUAAUUGGGAACACUUAGACAACUUUGAAAGUGGAAUUGAUUUGCGCACUGAGCGCAUCAGAGAAGCAGCGAUAAAGAUGGCUAGCAGAUCAAAUACUUGGCAGAAGUGGAUUACAUAUGAUAAAUUAGGAAAUAAAUUUCAUGUGGCUAGACCAAAUGAAGAUCAUGACAAGGAAGAAACAAAAUAUGUGGAGUCCAAUAGCAAUAACACAAAAUUGGAAGAGUAUUAUCGACAAUCUGAAGAAGACACAGGAGGGUAUGGUAAAUGGAUGAGAGAGGAUAAUCCAAGUAGAUCCAGCACCAUUGGAAAAUCUUACGUAGUGGAAGAGGAAGAAGUUAUUCUCUUCAGGCCUCUCACAAGAUAUAAUUCAGCACCAUCACACCCCUCUAAGUCCACUGUUGAUCAGAUGUCACCAAAACACAAGGACAACCAAAGCGUUCAGUCUAAUGAUUGUUUGCGCCGUGCUAGUUCUCUGCUUAUGGCACAAAACCCAGCUCAAACUCACAGUGAUCCAUGGGAAUUCCAUGACAGAUUUUUGGAUUUAAGGAGUGACAGAUCAUUCAAACAACAAGAAUCUUCAACAAAGGAAUUAAAUGCACACACUUCUCCUGAGGCCCUAAUCUCUGCAGGCCCUCCUUCUCUCAAUGCUUGGGUGCUUGGUAGAGGAAGCUUGAGCGAUUACAAAAAUAAUGGAACAAAUGACCUUGGUGGGCAAAGGCUGCAGCCAAUUGAGGAAAUAGCCUCUUCAUCUUUGGACAGUCUUUCCAUCCAUAAAACUGAAAAUUCGGUCGCAAGUUCAGUGGAUGAGUCUUCAAUCUAUCAUUAUUCCCCUUCGGCUACAUAUUCCCUUCCAGUGCCAUCUGCUCCAUUACUUCCUGAUAAUGCUACAUGGUAUACGGAUGCACAGUCUUGUUUAUCUCCUCCAUUGUUUCCAGACAACUCAGAUUGGAGUUCUACUUAUGGACCACGUGGAUAUGAUCCUAGAUUUUCUGUUCUUUCUAAUGGAUACCCAUCACUUGGAAGAAUGACUUCUUCAGAAUGGCUGCGUUGGUAUAGAGAGAACUACAAACCUGAAACGACCAACAAUCACAUGCUACCUACUCAUUUGAAUACUCCUGUUCCUGUAAACUUCCUCUAUCAUGAUACUUACAGGUUUGAUCAAUUUGAUAGUUGGAACAACAACAACCCUUUGUCUUCUAACCAGUGACUUAAAUGUAGCCCCCAAGGCCCCCACUAUUGCAGCCUGGUUUUUUAUCUGUUUUUGGUGUUGACAAAACUAGUGUCUACAACAAUUUUCAAAGACCAAGCCAGUAUGGAUGUGGUGCAGUGACAAACCUGAGGAAUGAGCCAGUCUCUGCUAGAGUGUCUGAAGGAGAAGGAAUGGUGACUCCAGCUAAUGUCAGAGGGCUACAUUCAUGGGAAAUUAGAACUUCUAUCUGAAACUUUUGUUCCAGGAACCAUUUCAGAGGUGAAAAACUUUUUGUGUAGUUUGUUUCUUUACCAAGCAUAUGUAAGUAUAUCAUUCAUGCAUAGAGAUGUUUAGGUCAUUUGCUGAACGAAUUGCGGAAUCUUAUACAGUGGAUGAAAUAUCCAACAUUCCAGCUUUUAUCUCGUGGAAA